UUGUGCGCUGCAGCAGUCUGGGGCGGUCUUCUCUAGUUGAAUUGUAAUGCUAUAUAACACACAGACGGGUCAGCCCAUCAGAAGAAAAGGGGCUCUUAUUCCUUUGAGUGGAAUCGGCAUUCUGCAAGACCCCGGGAACAAAGAGGGGACCUGUUUAAGAGUCCUAGUCCUGCUGUACCAAACAAACAGAUUGUUAAAUGACUUUCAUCACCUUUCUGAGGACACACCUUCUUCCUACAUUUAGGAGUUUGGCUCUACAGAAGAAAUUCAACCAUAGAAAUAUUUCCAGUAUGACAGGGGCACAAACAGGAGCGAAACAGGCAAGCGUGGUGAUCCUGCCCAGAUCCUUCGCUGAGGACUUUGAAAAGUUCUGCCAGGCCAACAGUGGUCCUCUGCCCCUACUCUAUAAAAGUGAACCUGGUGAAGGGAAGAUGCCCGGCUUGGAUGUCAGAAAUGAUUGCCCACAGUACAAGAAAUAUGAGUAUGGUUCCUGCACUGCCAACCUGACAAGCCUAGAAGGUUAUUCAGAACAGCUUAAAGAUAUGGUCACGUUCUACUUGAACUCCAGCAUCUCACCUAAAGAGGCCAUGCAGAAGGUGGGGAUUCCAGUAAAGAAUGAAGGAAGUCACUACAACAUGGGCAUGUACAAGACAUCUAUUCCUUGCUCCACUGUUGGCAGCUUUGGCUGCCCUCUAGUGGUUACCAUGACGCCGAUUCCCAAGGACAAAUUGGAAACUGUUCUACGGGACAUUUACCAAACGAAAGAUGUACGAGGAGAGCCCGUUCACAUUGGCUCCCCAGACCUGUUGGGAAUCAAAGAUCUUUCCAAACCAGACUAUGGGGAACCAACGAUGCUUCAGCCAGGAGAUGUCCCAGUGUUUUGGGCCUCAGAGGUGACAAGCCUGGAAGCUGUUAGCAGCUGCAAGUCACCACUGGCUUUUACCAGUGUUCCUGGGUGUGCAGUUGUUAUUGACCGGAAGGAUAAAGGGAGUCAAGUGAGUCAUCCUGGGGAAGUCCCAGAGGUCCAUUGCAUUUCUGAAAAUCCUCUGCACUACAGCAUUACUUCAUCUUCCAGCGUACAGAAAAUUAGAGAGCUAGAGGGCAUAAUUGCCAGAGAUCCAGGAAACCGAGGAAUAAACCAUCUGUUCAACAAGGACGAACUACUGAAGGCUUCUCUGUCCCUGUCCCAUGCUCAUUCAGUGCUCAUCACCACUGGGUUCCCUACUCAUUUUAAAUAUGACCCACCUGAAGAGACCGAUGGCCCCCCGGGAGCCAUUGCAAUUGCUGCCAUUUUGCGAGCUUUAGGAAAGGAAGUUGCCAUGGUUGUUGAUGAGAGAGCCAUGACCUUGCACAGAAACAUUAUUGAAGACUCAGUCAAUCAAGGUGUUCUGAAGACAACAAUACCUCUGUUAACUUACCGAGGUGGGGAAGCAGGAUCGGCUCUCAUGUUCUUGUGUAAGGAUGGAGACCCCAAGUCACCGAGAUUUGAUCACUUGGUGGCUAUAGAGCGCUCAGGAAGGGCAGCUGAUGGCAAUUACUACAAUGCUCGCAAAGUUAAUAUUAAGCAUCUAGUUGACCCCAUUGAUGAUCUCUUCCUUGCUGCACAUAAGAUCCAUGGAAUCUCAUCAACUGGCAUUGGUGAUGGAGGGAAUGAACUUGGAAUGGGAAAAGUCAAAGCAGCUGUGAAGAAGCACAUCAAGAACGGGGAUGUCAUAGCUUGUGAUGUGGAAGCUGAUUUUGCUGUCGUAGCUGGUGUUUCCAACUGGGGAGGCUAUGCUCUGGCCUGCGCACUGUAUUUACUGAACAUGAGCAACAUACAUGGGCGCUACCUACAGAAAGCUGUUGGAUUACCCACCAUCUCAUCAAGAGCACCAGCGUGGGCUCAGGCUCUCCCAUCUGUCAUAAAGGAAGAAAAGAUGAUGAAAAUCCUAGAACAUUACCAAGUCCGGAGUGGAGUAACUGGCAAUGUGGGGAUGGAAGUGGAUGGUCUGCCCUUCCAUGGCAUUCAUGCUGAAAUGAUCCAAGAGUUGAUUGAUGUUACCAACAUAUAAUACAUACACACACACACAGUAACUGGGCUGUGUUCAGCUCACAACCUAGAUGUCAUUAUGGAUUCCUUCCUGUCAUUUCCCCAUAUUGAAUUCACUGCCAAGACUUGUUGAUUUCACUUUUGUAGUAUUUCUCUAAUACAUCCUCUUCUCUCUUCUAAUACUGCCUCCACCUUAAUGUAGGCUCUUCAUUCUUGGACUCCCACAAUAUCCUGCUGGUUGGUCUGUCUGCCGCAAGUCUCUCCCCACUUCAGUCCUAUGCAUAGCUGCCAAGGUGACUUUCUUACUAGGUUGUAUUGAUCAUGUUUCAUUCCUCACUACCCCCCAACUCAUUAUACUUCAGUGACCACCUAUUACCUCUAAAAUCAAAUAUAAAAUCUCUUUGACAGUUAAAACCCUUCACAGUAUGGUCCUCACCUACCCUUCCAGUUUUAUCCCAUUUUGAGUGAGUCACACAGAAUGAGCAGGCAUAGAUGGGUAGAAAUCUGUCUCAAAAUCUCGUUAUAUUCUUUCUGUCUAAACCCUCCCCUUUUCUAUGAUUCCUUAUUUCUGAUAAGUCAGCUGGGUUCCUUCCAGUUAACUUUUUUUUUUUAACAAUUUUGGCAUAAUCUUUGACUUCUCACUUUUACUCAAUCCCUGGAUAUGCAAUCACCCAACAAAUCUUGUCCUAUCUGUCUUGACAACAUCUCUGGGAUCUAUCUCCUCUCCACUAAUCACCUCCACCUUAGGCACUUAUCACCUAGACUAUUGCAAUGGACUCCUAAUUAAGCCUCCCUGCUUCAAGUUUCUUCCCACUCUAAUCCAUCUUCUGCCUAACUGCCAAAGUAAUGUUCUUACCAUACUGUGUUGGUCAUGUCACAUUCCUCACUCCCCCCCCCCCACCUCAAUAUACUUCAGUGACAACCUAUUAUCUCUAAGAUCAAAUAUAAAAUCUUUGACAUUUAAAGCUCUUCACAAUUUUGUCCCAACCUGUCUUUGUCGUUUUAUCAAGCAUUACUUGCCUUCCUGAAUUGUAUAGGCCAACCAAACAGCCCUUAUUGCUUUUCUUUCCAUUUGUUUUAUAGAACACAAAUAAAUUAACCAAAUGUGAAUAGUAAAUUAAGGCAUGAUACUAUCCAUGAGUUAGAAUUACAUAAAGGAAGAGGAAUGAAUUCAUACUGAAAACUUUCUGUGGAAUGAAAUCCAAGACAAUUUUUGCAUUGUAUGUGGUGUCAACCCACAGAGAAGCAUGAUACCUACUGAUUACUUGAUUGGUGCAUUGUGUAUCUUUUGAUAAUAAAGUAUCUAAAAGCAAA